GUUGGAGAGAAAAACAAAAUGCCGGAAAAAGUCCCAAAUUUCGAAAAUGCAAAAAUUGAAAAGCUGUCAGCUGGCUGUAACCACGCAGCUUUCAUAGUCGACGGGAAAAUAUUCACCUACGGUUUGAACGACAAAGGCCAGCUAGGAAGAUCGAUAGAAGAAGAAAAUGACCAAAAUAAAAAUUAUACGUUAACACCAAAGGAAGUAAUAACGGAGGGAAAUGUAAAAUUCAAAGACGUAUGUUGUGGUUUUAAACACACAGUGGCAGUGGAUGUGAAUAAUAACUUAUAUAGUUGGGGAUGGGGAGGGAAUUUUUUUAAAGGAGCAAACGGACUAGGGCAUGGAAACAAGCAAAAUUUAAGUACCCCAAAAAAAGUGGAAUCUUUCAAAAGUGAUGAUUCUGAGUUUGUAAAUAUCUGUUGUGGUGACCAACACAGUUUAGUGUUAACAAAAAAUGGGAAGGUGUACGGAUGUGGACGAGGUGAGUUUGGUAGAUUAGGUAAAGGAAACCACGGAGAUCAAUUAUUUUUUGAAGAAAUCGAUUUUUUUAUUAGUAACAAUAUCACCGUUAAGGGAAUUUCUUGUGGUCAUAGUUUUUCUGCAGCAUUGUCAACUGAUGGGGAGGUCUACGUUUGGGGAAGGAAUGACUAUGGGCAAUUGGGCAUAGAAAAUAGCAUCGGAGAUUUAUACUCCCAUGAGGUAUAUCCAAACAAGGUGAAAUAUUUCGACAUGGAAAAUAUUAAGAUCAAAUUUAUUGCUUGUGGUGACAACCAUAUGAUUGCUUGCUCAGAAAAUAAUGUCAUUUUUUUUUGGGGAUCCAGGGCAUGGCUGGAACCUAAAGCCAUAACCCUAAGUCCCCUCUACCAAAAUAGCAUAAUUAAAAAAAAUAUCGACAAAAUACAGGCAGGUGGAAAUACCUACUAUUAUUCUAUGCUUAUUUCUGACAAUAAAUUGUAUUCUUGGGGAAAAUAUAACUCCUCUUGUUUGGCGCUAAGUGAUAAAAAAAACCAUAACGAACCUACGCUCGUUGACUCGAAAUUGUUUAAUGACGAAAUCGUUUGUGACAUUUCUUGUGGUCGGGGAAGGGUCCUCGCCAAGACGUUGGCCGUGGAUUGA